AUGUUGGGGAAGCAAUUAGGCUCCAACAACUACACCUUCUGGGUGAAACGCCGUAGACAGACAUACAGUUCCCCCCUAGGAUUGGCCAAAGAUGAUCCCAUCUUAGACGAUCUAACGGUGUCUAGAUCUGUGGCCGAGAUGACCUGGAUCUCGGUCCUUAAUCCAGACCUGUGGGGCUGGAAUGAGCUGGCCAAGUACCUCCCAGCGAUUCAAGCGGCUCAGAAUAAGUAUGAGUCGAUUGGAAUUAUGGCUCCGUGGUGUAAGAAAAUCCUAACUCCGCAAGAAGUCAUGGAGUUCCAGGUACAAAAACUCUCUAUUCCAUUUUCAGUUGCGCGUCGGAUCUCAAUUGAAUAUGGAAAUGGGACUCUGGAGAAUCUGCAGGGUGACAAUCGCACACCUCAGAUAUGUGCGAUUACCAACCACGCUCUGCUACCAUGUAUUCUAAAUGAAUCCGAGCUUAGAGCAACAAUCACUAGUAAGCCUAGAGCAAAGAUCACUAGUGAAUUCCAGCCUAGAGCAACGAUCACUAGUGAAUCCCAGCCUAGAGCUACGACCACUAGUGAAUCCCAGCCUAGAGCUACGACCACUAGUGAAUCCCAGCCUAGAGCUACGACCACUAGUGAAUCCCAGCCUAGAGCAACGACCACUAGUGAAUCCCAGCCUAGAGCAACGACCACUAGUGAAUCCCAGCCUAGAGCAACGACCACUAGUGAAUCCCAGCCUAGAGCAACGACCACUAGUGAAUCCCAGCCUAGAGCUACGACCACUAGUGAAUCCCAGCCUAGAGCAACGACCACUAGUGAAUCCCAGCCUAGAGCAACGACCACUAGUGAAUCCCAGCCUAGAGCAACGACCACUAGUGAAUCCCAGCUUAGAGCAACAAUCACUAGUGAAUCCCAGCUUAGAGCAACAAUCACUAGUGAAUCCCAGCUUAGAGCAACGAUCACUAGUGAAACCCAGCCUGGAGCAACGACCACUAGUGAAUCCCAGCUUAGAGCAACGACCACUAGUGAAUCCCAGCUUAGAGCAACGACCACUAGUGAAUCCCAGCUUAGAUCAACGAUCACUAGUGAAUCCCAGCCUAGAGCAACGAUCACUAGUGAAUCCCAGCCUAGAGCAACGAUCACUAGUGAAUCCCAGCCUAGAGCAACGACCACUAGUGAAUCCCAGCCUAGAGCAACGAUCACUAGUGAAUCCCAGCCUAGAGCAACGAUCACUAGUGAAUCCCAGCCUAGAGCUACGACCACUAGUGAAUCCCAGCCUAGAGCUACGACCACUAGUGUAUCCCAGCCUAGAGCUACGACCACUAGUGAAUACCAGCCUAGAGCAACGACCACUAGUGAAUCCCAGCCUAGAGCAACGACCACUAGUGAAUCCCAGCUUAGAGCAACAAUCACUAGUGAAUCCCAGCUUAGAGCAACAAUCACUAGUGAAUCCCAGCCUGGAGCAACGACCACUAGUGAAUCCCAGCUUAGAGCAACGACCACUAGUGAAUCCCAGCUUAGAGCUACGACCACUAGUGAAUCCCAGCCUAGAGCAACGACCACUAGUGAAUCCCAGCCUAAAGCAACGACCACUAGUGAAUCCCAGCUUAGAGCAACAAUCACUAGUGAAUCCCAGCUUAGAGCAACAAUCACUAGUGAAUCCCAGCCUGGAGCAACGACCACUAGUGAAUCCCAGCUUAGAGCAACGACCACUAGUGAAUCCCAGCUUAGAUCAACGAUCACUAGUGAAUCCCAGCCUAGAGCAACGAUCACUAGUGAAUCCCAGCCUAGAGCAACGAUCACUAGUGAAUCCCAGCCUAGAGCAACGAUCACUAGUGAAUCCCAGCCUAGAGCAACGACCACUAGUGAAUCCCAGCCUAGAGCAACGACCACUAGUGAAUCCCAGCCUAGAGCAACGACCACUAGUGAAUCCCAGCCUAGAGCAACGACCACUAGUGAAUCCCAGCUUAGAGCAACGAUCACUAGUGAAUCCCAGCUUAGAGCAACGAUCACUAGUGAUUCCCAGCUCAGAGCAACGAUCACUAGUGAAUCCCAGCCUAGAGCAACGAUCACUAGUGAAUCCCAGCCUAGAGCAACGAUCACUAGUGAAUCCCAGCCUAGAGCAACGAUCACUAGUGAAUCCCAGCUUAGACCAACGAUCACACGACCACUAGUGAAUCCCAGCCUAGAGCAACGACCACUAGUGAAUCCCAGCCUAGAGCAACGACCACUAGUGAAUCCCAGCCUAGAGCAACGACCACUGGUGAAUCCCAGCCUAGAGCAACGACCACUAGUGAAUCCCAGCCUAGAGCAACGACCACUAGUGAAUCCCAGCCUAGAGCAACGAUCACUAGUGAAUCCCAGCCUAGAGCAACGACCACUAGUGAAUCCCAGCUUAGAGCAACAAUCACUAGUGAAUCCCAGCCGAGCAACGAUCACUAGUGAAUCCCAGCCUAGAGCAACGAUCACUAGUGAAUCCCAGCUUAGAGCAACGAUCACUAGUGAAUCCCAGCUUAGAGCAACGAUCACUAGUGAAUCCCAGCUUAGAGCAACGAUCACUAGUGAAUCCCAGCCUAGAGCAACGAUCACUAGUGAAUCCCAGCUUAGAGCAACGAUCACUAGUGAAUCCCAGCCUAGAGCAACGAUCACUAGUGAAUCCCAGCCUAGAGCAACGAUCACUAGUGAAUCCCAGCUUAGAGCAACGAUCACUAGUGAAUCCCAGCUUAGAGCAACGAUCACUAGUGAAUCCCAGCCUAGAGCAACGAUCACUAGUGAAUCCCAGCUUAUAGCAACAAUCACUAGUGAAUCCCAGCCUAGAGCAACGACCACUAGUGAAUCCCAGCUUAGAGCAACGACCACUAGUGAAUCCCAGCUUAGAGCAACGAUCACUAGUGAAUCCCAGCCUAGAGCAACGAUCACUAGUGAAUCCCAGCCUAGAGCAACGACCACUAGUGAAUCCCAGCUUAGAGCAACAAUCACUAGUGAAUCCCAGCUUAGAGCAACAAUCACUAGUGAAUCCCAGCCUGGAGCAACGACCACUAGUGAAUCCCAGCUUAGAGCAACGACCACUAGUGAAUCCCAGCUUAGAGCAACGACCACUAGUGAAUCCCAGCUUAGAUCAACGAUCACUAGUGAAUCCCAGCCUAGAGCAACGAUCACUAGUGAAUCCCAGCCUAGAGCAACGAUCACUAGUGAAUCCCAGCCUAGAGCAACGACCACUAGUGAAUCCCAGCCUAGAGCAACGACCACUAGUGAAUCCCAGCCUAGAGCAACGACCACUAGUGAAUCCCAGCUUAGAGCAACGAUCACUAGUGAAUCCCAGCUUAGAGCAACGAUCACUAGUGAUUCCCAGCUCAGAGCAACGAUCACUAGUGAAUCCCAGCCUAGAGCAACGAUCACUAGUGAAUCCCAGCCUAGAGCAACGAUCACUAGUGAAUCCCAGCCUAGAGCAACGAUCACUAGUGAAUCCCAGCUUAGACCAACGAUCACUAGUGAAUCCCAGCUUAGAGCAACGAUCACUAGUGAAUCCCAGCUUAGAGCAACGAUCACUAGUGAAUCCCAGCCUAGAGCAACGAUCACUAGUGAAUCCCAGCCUAGAGCAACGACCACUAGUGAAUCCCAGCCUAGAGCAACGAUCACUAGUGAAUCCCAGCCUAGAGCAACGACCACUAGUGAAUCCCAGCCUAGAGCAACGACCACUAGUGAAUCCCAGCCUAGAGCAACGACCACUAGUGAAUCCCAGCUUAGAGCAACGAUCACUAGUUAA